UACCUUCUAAACAUGCAGCCUCAAAAAUAAAGUGUUUAUUUUUUAAAUGUAUUUAAAUAUAUGGGAGUCUGAGAGGGUGAUUCUGAAUUUGUGCAAUUCAUUUCCCAAGAAUAGUACUUUAAAUGUUUUAGCUCAAAUUCUACUAAUCAUUUUUAUUGUUGCUAUUAUUGUUGGAAAAUUUGCCUCUUUAAACUUUUAGUACCCUUCUCUUCAUCUCAUAUUUUUAUUGUUACAAUACAUGACAAUGUUAUUAUCCUAGCCUUGGUUGUGUGUUACUACAGGAGGCGCAUGAGAGAGUCUCUUAACCUAUUUCAGAUUUGUACAGAAGUGUUUUCAAAUUGUUUAUGGAAAAGAUUGUUGCAUAUAUUUCGAAAUGUAUUCAAAGUUGUGUCAGGUGUAAGGUUAUCUGGGCUGUGCAAGGAAAUUCUGGCAUCACUUAGUGUAAAUGGUCCAUCCUGGUUACUUUGUUUUGGCUAUAAUACAAGAUGCGUGUGCUGCAAAGUGUUUGGGUGGUUAUAGCUGAUAAUAGGUGAUGACCGUGCGAUCAGUGGCAGAUAAGUUUCAUGUGGUAUUAUAAAACAAACAGGGUGAACUGGCUUGAAAUUAUUGCUAUGUCCUACACAUUUUUUGAGCAUGGUCUUAUUCGUUUACACAGUUGUCCAGAGUGAGAGAUGACCGUUUCUGUUGUUUGUGUGUGUGUGUGUGUGUGUGUGUGUGUGUGUGUGUGUGUCAUAAGCGGGUAGAAAGCAGGUUUUACUGAUGCACAAGUCAUCUUUAUAUGCAGGCUUGUAUGUCCGCAGAGUAGCGGCUCGUCAGUGCACACACACUUUUCUCUUUCGAUCAUAUGAACAGGCUAACACACACCAUUAUGAUUUGCAUUGUUGUGGUUUUAUUUCACUGACCACCUUUUUAUUAGUAUUAAACACAUUUUAAACUCCAACAGCACACAUUCACCUCACUGCUGGGAAUAGUCUUUUGUUUGUGAUAACCUUUAUUUUCUCAGGGCUUCAUUUUCAUAUCCACUUUCUGUUCCAGAGGAGAUGGAUUUUUUUUUUUUUUUUUCCACAUGCAGGAAAAGCCUCACCCACAUAAGUUUGGCCUCAUGCAGUAAACAAGUUAGUUGAUUGGUUUUGCUUUAUAUACUGUGAUUUAAUAAGGAAAACACCAACGUAAGCCAGUGCGAGCAGUGUUGGUGGUACCAGUGCCAUGCUUUCCAUUGGUUCCUGUUUACAUGAUGCCCACAGGACGCGCCGUGAUUGGUGGCGCUUCACACGUGACCAGGCAACUUUGUACAUUUGACAGGGAGUAGGAGGGUUUUGUGGAGAUCAGAAAAACGACAGCGCGAUAAAAAUUAGUAUUGUUGCACUUCACAAAUUAAUGACCAUGAGUUCCUACUUGAUAAACUCCAACUAUAUCGAGCCUUCCUUUCCUCCAUGCGACGAAUAUCAGCAGAGCGGAUACAUCCCCAACCCUGGUGAUUACUACGAGCGGCCAAAAGAUACGGGCUUCCCCCAUCACGACGAACCAUCCUAUCCGAGGUCAAACUAUACAGAAUCGGGCUACGAUUACGGUAACGUCCCCGCCACCGGACUCGAUGAUUUCGGCGAGGGGCACCACGCACAGCCGCAACCGGUUCCACAGAGCCACGGUCCUCGCCUCACCGCGGCCCCAGAUGGUGGCGCAGGGGCAAAUGCCAGCAAAGACUGCAGCCUCGCCAGUGAGGUAUAUCCCGGCGUAGCGAAGGGCAAGGAGCCGGUGGUCUAUCCUUGGAUGAAAAAGGUCCACGUUAACACCGUCAAUGCCACUUACACUGGAGGAGUGCCCAAGAGGUCCCGCACUGCCUACACCCGCCAGCAGGCUCUGGAGCUGGAGAAGGAGUUCCACUUCAACCGGUACCUGACCCGGCGCAGGCGGGUGGAGAUUGCGCACACCAUGUGUCUUUCCGAGCGCCAGGUCAAAAUCUGGUUUCAGAACCGGAGGAUGAAGUGGAAGAAGGAGCAUAAGCUUCCCAACACCAAGAUCCGCUCCUCCAGCUCGGCCUCGUCCUCAGCCUCGGGGGCCCAGCAGCAGCAGAUCAAAACAGGCCAGCAGCUUGUCCCCACGCCGUGCACCGCAGGUCUAUAGUGCUUGAAUGAACCCCACCCCACAAAAACCCAAAUCCAGACUGAGAUGGCAAAUAACACAAGUGGAAUUUGAUGGACCGAUUCUCAGUAUUUUACACACACAUGGUGAUCUCCCUUUCCCUCUGCCUCUGCCAUUGGGCCCCUGUCACGUCCUUUGUACCCUUUCCCUCCCUGCUCGUCCUCGCCCUCUUCAUAUAAGCUUGAAAUUCACCUUUAAUUGCCACGGUGGCAACUGAAGUGUUUAUAUAUUUGUUUAUUAUUAUGAAAGAAGGAUAACGCACAUUCAAACGUAGGACUUGGAUCAAAGUGUAUCAUUAUAGAUAAAACUGAGUGAGGUAAAAGUAAGUUUGGACUCAUUUUCUAUGUUCUUUUUGAAUAUUUUUAUUUCUUUUUUCUUUUUUUUUUAUCAUUGCUCAUGGAAAGUUCUAAUAUACUUGAAAGAUAUUUAGCGAGACUCUAGAUGCCUGUUAGAAAUCCAGACGGCUGUUUUAGAGGUAUGGCAUCAGUCAGAGUAACAGUGUAGUUUGUGUGUUUGAGUGGGUCGGUUUACUGUUGAAUGUAGUCCAGGUGACUUUCACAUUUAAUGUACAUAGGCAAAUCAUAAUGAAGGCACAAUAAGCAAAGAAUUUCGUCAAGUAGAAUUAUGUUUGUUGGUGUUGUAAGGUCUAGUUUUAUUUGUGCUAGUCCGUCCCAUGUUGUGCUGUGUUCUAAACUGUGAAUAUUUGUAUGUGUUGUCUCAGUAAUGACCGUCGUGAUGUAGGCUAGCGUAGACUCUAUCUGUCCUUGUGAAAUAAAUAUGUACUUCA